AUGGCAAUCAUUGGCAACAGGGAGAUCAUUGACAAUAACCAAGGGAAGGACACGAGUUCUAUCUUUCCCUUAGCCGUUGCGAGCAUCACACUUCUUUGGAUCCAUGGUGCAUUUGGUUGGGCUUCUAACGACCCAACUUAUGGGUUUGUCCCAGUUCCACUCAAUGACUCGAACUUCGACAUCCAAAAACCCUACAACCUGCCUGUAAGCGAGCGUUACAGCUUUGUAGAUGGAGUUCACAGGCUAUGGGUCUUAUCUACCGACAAGCCUAUGUCUAACACAACCAACAAUACAAGUCCUCGUACUGAGAUUCGUAUUCGUGGAUACGAUUAUUCUUCGGGGGUCUGGCAAUUUCAUGGGUAUGGAUAUGUGCCGAAUGGGACACCAGGUGUAUGCAUCAUGCAGCUCUUUGGUGCAAUUGGCCACGCCACAACUGUGAUGAUGAGGGUGUAUAAUGGUUCUCUAACUUACUACAGGUACCAGGUCGUUGUCCCUAAUAUCUACGAUCGGUGGUUCCGCCUCAAUGUCAUCCAUGACGUUGGUGCCAAAAGAGUUAGCAUUUUCAUCGAUGGGGUUCUAAAAUUAGAAGUGGACGAUCGUGGAGGGGCCUCUCAUUACUUCAAAUGUGGGGUUUAUGCACAGGGUAACCGUUCCCACUACAUGGAGUCUCGUUGGAAGGACAUCAAGGUCCUGAAAAAAAUGUGACUAACAUACCUGCUUGUGUCAUUGUGUAUUAUGGAGUGUGCUUAUAAAUGUAGUUUGGUUUAUCCUGUUUUAGCCUAUUAGUGGAAUAAGUCUUGUCCUGUACCAUGCAAGGGGUUUAUUGAAAU